UCUGCCGCGAGACAGAGAGAGAACAGCAAAAGGAGUAAAGAUGGAAGAUAACAGCAACAAAGAACAAAUCGUGGACGUGAGGUCGUUUGUCGAAGCUGUCUCCGCAGAAGAUAACGAUGCCCCUCUUUACCAAGUCGAAAGCCUCUGUAUGCGUUGCGGCGAAAACUGUAACUCUACUACUUUUACAGCUUCUGAGUUUGGAAGAGCCUUGGACCUUAAUACUAGGUGAUGCUUUAGCAAAUUCUUUUGUCGCACCUGUGACAGAUGAUGUCAAAGAUGACGAACAGAUGACAUCACAGAUGCAUAAAUAUACUCAAUACUGCACAUACAUGGGAGUUCAGCUACAGCUGCUGAUGGAAACAAGGAUGUUAGAUUCGAAGCACCUUCAAUAAUCCUUGUUUGGAUUGAAAGCACCUUCACUAAAUUUAUUAUACGUGGGCCUAGUGGAUUAAAGUUUACACUGCCAUACUUUAGGGUUGGCAGUGGGGCAGGGUUUGGAACUGUGAGCCAUCUUUUGCUACCGCAUUUACCUUUUGGUUGGAGAUGGAUUCCCUCUAUUUGUUCAUUGUAUUGUUCAUUCAAUUCUCUAUUACAAUAUACAAUAUUUUAUUUUUCUCUCUCGUAUGAUGUUCUUUAAUUGGUUGCCUCCCUCCAUUUGAGGAAUACGAGAGGUUAUGGGAACAGAAUGAGGAAUUGGGUCUGAACGAUAUUGACACGUCUUCAGCUGAUGCUGCAUAUAACUCAACUGGUACAAAAAUGGGGGAGAAAUCGGACAUGUAAACUAUUAGAUUGCUUUUUCUCGUAUGAUGUUCUUUAAUUGUUUGCCUCU